CCACAUUUGAUCAUCCCGCGAAUCAGGCGCCGAUCGCACCGCAACACCCAGGAACCAACAUACAACUCUCGUAACCUCGACAUCGUUGCGCACUCGUGAACUCCGCGCAACCAUGUGUCUCUUCUCAGUUCGGCGUGAGGAGGAUGUCGUCGUCCCAGUCCGCGUUGCCAGGCGGCGCUCUCCCUCGCCAAUCCGUGAGCGCCGCUCGUCUCAUCAGCGCGUCUCACGCACCUCAGUGAUCCGAGAGUCGCGGCCUCAAUCGUCAUCGUACAUUGUUCCUGCUCCUCAACCCCAAGGACUCCGGGUCCCCGACCCCCAGCCUGUACCCGUCUUCGUGCAAGAACCGCAGCACAUACCCAUUGUAGCACCUCCCCCUCCCCCAAGCCACAUCUCCAGUCACCAUAGUCAUCACCACCAUGGCGGGGCACACUACGUCGAAGUCAGUCCGCAUAGCAGCGUGACGAGCCACAGCCCCGAUCGCAGCGAGUACAUCACCCGCGAGCGCGAAUACACGCGGGAGCGGAGACGAGACUACUCCCCCGAAUCGUCGCCGCGGUACGAGCACUUUAGAUAUGUGGAGGGCCCCCCUGUCGAAGAGGACCGGUACGAGCGCUUCCAGAGGAGGGAGAGGAGCGUGAGUAGGAGGAGAAGCCCUAGCAGGGAGUAUGUACACGACCCGCGCGGAAGCUACAGAGAGACGAAUACCAGGAUUACCAUUUCCGAUGGGGAUGGCCGAAGGACGAGGGAGUACCGAAGGUAGAUAGACGGUUCUGUCGAGGGAGGAAGUCGCAUGUUGCAUCCAUGAGCGGCAUUGCGUUUGUUUAUAUUGAUUCUGCUACGCAUAU